AUGUCACCCCGGAAGCUCCGACGAGUUGCCACCUCAGUGCAGCUCGGACCUGCGCACCUGCGCAUCUUCGCUAUGCCGGAGACCCCCAAGGGCAAGGCUGCGGAGACGGACUGGGGCGACGACUGUGUCACGCCGGCAAGCGAGGCCCCAACGCCGGCCAAGAAGGUGGACAAGGACCCGGUCUUCGGCGACAGCGUCGAAGACGAGGACGAGCUCAACACGAAGCUCUUCAAGGUCCUCGACUCGCACAAAGAGAUUCAUCCAAAGAUGACGCCGUUCGACCGCGCCAAGAUGAAGGCUAUCAUCUUCCAGGGCAGGACGACUGGGCGCGACACCAAGUACGCCAACCCGUACUACGAGGGCACCGAGGGCUGGACCAACGUCCACUACCACCGCAAGCACUUCAUCACCACUCCCAAGUACCUCGCCAAGGCGCGCGCGCUUGCCAGCAGCCGCCGGCUCGCUGAGGUGGUGAAGGUGGUCCCCGGCUUCAAUAAGGAGGUCAAGUUCUACAAGCGGGUCACGCACGACGACGGCGCCACCGAGACGGAGCCAACGACGCUGGACGAGAUCAUGGAGAUGGAGAUCACGAUGGUGCUCCCCCCCCAGCCUCAGUCGUGGCGGGAGAGCGAGCUGAGCCGCAAGCUCGAGGCCGCGUAUGCGGAGGAUUUUGGAAGAACGAUCAGGGGGACAGGUGGGGCUCUCCUGCUCCUGACAAGGGACACGACAGGCUCGCAGCGCGGUGAAGCGGACGAGGAGGACAAAGACUACUCUCCAAACGAGGAAGAGGAGGCGAGCGAGGAGGAGGAGGAGGAGGAGGAGGAGGAGGAGGAGGAGGAGGAGGAGGAGGAGGAGGAGGAGGAGGAGGAGGAGGAGGACGAGAGCGAAGGCGAGGAUGCGGACGACGAGGACGAGGCAGGCGCCGGCUUUGGGGAGGGUGAGGGCGAGGAGGACGCUGACGAGGCCGACGACGACGCCGGCGACACUGACGACGAGGAGGAGGAGGAGGAGGAGGAGGGCGAUGAGAGUGAGAGCGGCGAGAGUGAGGCCGGCGAGGGCACUGGCAUGAUGGACAUCCAUCUUGCCACCGACAUCGCAGAGGGAGGGGAGGAAGAGGAGGAGGAGGAGGACGUCGACUACGACCCUGCAAAAGACCCGUAUGCGGUGGCGGACGACGACGCCGACGACGCCGACGACGCCGAGCCUCCUGCCGCGACGACAGCAGGCACUGCCGCCGCCGCCGGCGGCGGCGCGACCCCGUUGCGGCGUCCGCCCGCGGCGCUGCGCGACGCGGCGAGCCGGUCUGCGGCGAGCCGGUCUGCGGCGAGCCGGUCUGCGGCGAGCCGGUCUGCGACACCGUCCCGCCGCUCCCGCGACGACGCGCCGCACCCUUCCGACGGCCGACCCUCCGACGGCAUUGCCAAGCGCACCCGCGCGCACGUCUCGCUGGAAGCGCAGCAGCUAGAGGACUUGGAGGCGAUGCUGGCUUCGGACAGCGACGGCGAGCGCGAGGGCGAGCAGCACGUGGCCAAGCGGCGGCCAGGUCGCGAGGCGGGCGAGGCGGGCGAGGAGGGCGGCGAGUGGAGCCGCUUCCUGGUGCAGAUGCGCGAGCAGGGCGACGAGGCGGACGAGGAGGAGGAGGACGAGGAUCGCGACUACCUGUACCGCGGCGACGACGGGGCGGUCGAUGAGUGGGAGGACGAGCUGGGCGAGGUGUCGGAUGAAGAAGUGCAGCAGCUGCUCGGCGACACGGGGGCGACCCGCUCCUCGGCGCGGGCGCGGGGGCGGCGGCCUCCCUCAGCGGCGGCGGCGGGGGCGGCCGGAGGGGCGGAUGUGGCUGGGGGGGGCGGCGCGGCCGGCGGCGCGGCCGGCGAGGCGGCCGAGCCGGGCCUCCGCUUCUCGGACGAGCAGGUGCGGCGGCUGCAGAUCCAGCUGCACGUGCACACGCAGCUGCUGGCGCAGGUUGCGAUGCUUCCGUACGCGAUGCUGACGGAGCUAUGCGCCUACUGCGACAUCUCCCUCGCCUACCUGCAGCUGCGGGCCCGGCCGACGUACGCGACACUCCUCGCGCCCGCGCUGCCGGACGAGGCACACCGCGACGCGCCCACGCCCGCCGAGUCGCCGCACUCGGUCUUUUCGGUGCCCGGGAUGCACCUUCUGCCGCCGCUGCUCCUUGGCGACUCGCUCGGCCUCAAGCGGGUCUACGACGCGGGCUCGGCGCGCGCGCGCGAGGAGAUGGCGCGAGAAAGCAACGUGGCGGCGCUCCCUGGGCCGCGGGUGCCACCGUGCGCACCCAGCCCGCCGGCGGCAGCCGGCGGCGUGGACGGCGGCGCGCGCGACACGCUUGCCGCCGCAUCGGCCGCCCCAGUCCAAGCGCCACCCCUCGGGGGAGUGUUGCCGGCCGCUGCUGCCGCCGGUGCCGGUGCAGCCGGCCCCAGCACCGAGGUGCCGCAGCAGCAGUUUGAGGAGGACGUCCUCAGCGACAGCGACGAUAGUUGA